AUGGCGGGAAUCCAUUUUGCAGCGGAGGAGGACGACUCAGAUUGGGAUUACGAGUACCAUGAGACGGAGACAGAGAGCUUCUAUGUAACCUUGGACAUCUCCUCAGCUGCGGACUACAACAAACUUCGCACCAGAAAGAGAAAGCCAGAAACAUCGCCGCCAAAGUCUCCUCAGCCAGCUACGUCGAUCGCACCUACAACUCCCGUAGCCCAAGACAAUGCAGGCCCGUCAGAACCACCCGAAAUUCCAAUACCAGAGACACCAGCGCCUAUGGAUAUCGAUCCAACCCUGGGCCAGCCCAAAGAAUAUCCAUCGCAUUUCGAGCCCAAAGACCGCAUCCAAAUCCUCGAUCUCCACACCCAAAAUCCUCUUAUCUCAUACCAAAAUCAGAUGUACUCCUGCGAUUGGACAUCAACCCUUGGUACAGAUCUCCUACUUACUGCUCCCAUGCCCGACUCCUCUCAUCCCGUUCUUCGAGAAAAGCCAAAUGUGUCCGUUCUGGCAACGUCAAGCAUCAAGCUCAUGGGCAGACCAGCGCAAAUAGCUAGUCGCCAUAGUGCUGAACAGGGUGGUCAAUCAUCGACGCCAGCACCUGAGAGUUCAAUCGCCUCAGCCAACACUGCUAGCUCAGAAAAGGCUACGCCGGUUAAGAUCUCCCUCGGCGCAACACCCAGCCGCGCUCGACAAAACCAAGCCAACUUCCUCGAACGCCUCAUUGCCAUCAAAGCCAGGAAAGGGGAAAAAGACAGCGUAACGAUCCACGCCCAGCAAGUGAACCAGGGAACCGGAUGGCGGAGUCAGCGAAAAGCCAGCGAGGCUAUUGGAGAUGGAAACGAUGAGAUUACACCAACGCAAAGUCAGAGAGGGAGGGACACGGGCGGAAGACCAAGGGGUAGCAAGCGGACUAGAGGGCCACGGACAGCGAAAGGGGGUUUGUUCAGGGACUAUCGGCCGCAAUUGUGGGAUACGCCGGGAGCAGACAUCAGAGCUGGUCCCUCGUCAACGCCAGACAACUGGGAUCAAUUAGAGGGUGGAGCAAGCGAUGGUUUCCAGACGGCAGCAUCCAGGAUUGCCGAUGCGUCUCCGUUACCCGCUGAUCAACCAGCGCAAGCGGCGAACAGAAGCACUAGGUCGCUCUCUGCGUCUGCUAGCGCUAAUGCUUCCCCCAUACCUUCAUUUCGGCCAGUACAAUCAAUACAUGGCGAUCCUAGCUCUUCCUAUGCAUUGGCCGCUGCGAGCCCUUCUCUAGCGCUGGCAUUGGGGCUACAACCAGCGGGGUUGAUGGAAAAGAGCGUUAUACCUGCUUCCGGAGUACCAGAUACCGAACCCUUGCAGCAGAACCAGGCGCAGGAUGCGAUUGCAGAACAGGGCACACCGGCGCCGGAAACGGCAACUGCUGCUUUGGAAACUUCUGGCAUGGCAGCAGCCGACGAUGUCGAGAUGACGGAUGUACGAUAG